UCAGGUAGUUGAAUUGGAUGUCGGAAUGAUGAUUCUUCGGAAUUUCUUGAAAUUUCUCCUCAUUGGACUACUGGACGCAGUAUCUCUCGCCAUUCCUCUCAACGAAACGAAGCAGCACGAUGUUGAUUGGAUACAAAUCCCCACGUCAACGUGGGAGAUGAUUUGGGUUCAUCGGCUGGCGGUGGAAGCACAGAGCCGCGCUAAGUGGGGUUCCUCGGCACCGGAUGUGGUGUUUGUGUUCUUCUCGCAGACAAAUUCCGCUGGUUCUGCGUACCGGUUAAGUGAACUAGACUAUGUGGAUGAUGCUACUUUUGAUGUUUUAAGGCCGACGAGGGUGGUGAUCCAUGGUUGGCUGAAUAACCGGAACUCACCGUUGAAUGUGAAGAUUCGGCAGACCUACUUGAGGAAGUGGAACUACAAUGUAAUCGUAGUGGAUUGGUCCAGCUGCGCCGGUAGUUUGAACUACAUUGCAGCUGCUCUUUGCGUUGAGGGUGUUGGACGAAUGGUUGGGAAGAUGUUGUGGAGUCUGAAGACAAGUAAGGGACUGACAUUGGAAGAUGUUUAUGUUGUUGGGCACAGUUUGGGAGCUCAUGUAGCCGGAAUAAGUGGCAAAACUGUUGGAAGUGGACGCCUGUCGACGAUAGUGGCAUUGGAUCCAGCGUGGCCAUUAAUUUCCUUUUGGGAUAAAAAUAGUCGUGUUGACAAAGAUGACGCACAGUACGUUGAAGUGAUUCAUACCAAUGGCGGUUUAUUGGGAUAUCUCGAACCAAUCGGUACGGCGGAUUUCUACCCUAAUGGAGGAGUUGUACAACCGGGAUGCGGAUUCAAUUUUGCAGGAAUCUGCGCCCAUUCACGUUCAUGGGAGCUAUUUGUGGAAUCUCUUGAAGAACCGGAAGAGUACCUCCUGGCAAAGCAGAUACUGUCGCUUGCAGAGCUUCCAUUUUUGAAGGAAAACACUAUCAACUUGGCAAAAAUGGGAGGAGAACCAUCCAACCGAAACAGUGAGGCAUCCGGACUAUACUACAUGAGGACCAGCGACCGAAGUCCGUACUUUGGGCCGAGUGUCAUUGACUUCUUAGAGUAAGUUUUGCAUCGGAUCUUGUA